AUGCGUAGGCGGAUUGAACAACAGAGAAAUUCUUAUAUUACUCUCCCCACUUUCAAAUGGAAUAAGACCUCUCCGAUAAAAGUAAAUUGCUUCAUAUGGCGUGCGAUGCAAAUGAGAAUCCCAUCGGCGGUGGCUUUAAGAGUACGUGGUGUAGGGUCCAUUCCAGUUACAUGUGUUGCUUGCAUUGGUGGGGUGGAAUGUGUUGAUCAUCUUUUACUGAAUUGCCCUUACGCUUGUGAAACAAGGAAUGAUCGAAUCUUCAAUGGUGUCUUUAGAAAUCCUACUAGGGGGGCGGAAGACAUUAAAUCGUUGGUGUAUUUUUGGAUAAAAUGCAGGGGGAAUGAGGGCUUACACACACGAGCAGGUUGUGUGAAUAUUAUUGAGGAUCGAGUUGAGCCUGAAUAUACUCCACAAUCUAAAAGGGGUAUUAAGUCACAUGCAAUUCUUGUCCGACCUGUUAAUGGAAUUGUUAUAGAACAGGAUAAUCAAGUUGAGCCUCAGGCAAUUGGCGAGGUUGAGUUGAGAAGCCAACAACUAAUAAGCUUUUGCUUUAAAAAAAGCAAUAUGUAAUUUAUAGAACCUUUUAUUAGCAUAAAAAUGUUAACAUGAAUUUAAUUUUCUAGGAAGCACAGGUUGGGGAAUCUCAUCUAUUUUUGAUAGGUUGGUCCUUCGAUUC